CUAAAAAAAUAUUUUUUUUUGUAAAUUAAAUUACUCUUAAAAAAUAUUUACAGUAAAAAGUUUUCAAUUUCCUUUGCCCUAUUACGCGAAAAUUGCUUUCCCAUAGUCAGCAGCAAUAGAAAAUGCUUCUGAGCAACACACCGUCACAGCCACAUCAACAAAAACAAUCAACAUCAACAACAACGACGCAAACGAAAUGUCAACAACAGGAGAAUCACCAGCAGCAGCAUAGCCAGCAGGAUAACAAAAUUUUCCAAAAUAACAACAACAACUACUACUUCAAUCAUAACGAUAAGCAAAAUCUGAAUUAUUCGCCCAACAAGCUGACACAGCAGCUCCCGACUUCCACAACAGCGACAGCAACGGGCACCACCACCGCCGCUGCUGUGGCCGCAGCCGCUGCAGCAGCCACAUUGUUGUUCAAACAAACUGGAGCAUUCGCAUUAACUGCCACCGCAGCUGAAAGAGCAGCAACAGCAGCAGCGACAACAACAAAUAUCCUCAACAGUAAUUCCUGUGUCAGCGCCACGGAUUUCUCAAUUGCUGCGAUAAUGGCGCGAGGCGCAAAUGCCUCGAGCCGUGAACCAUCCGAAAGGAGUUUGAGCCCGGUUUCCGUGGAGCGUUACCCCGAUCCCGACGAUGAUGUCGAUGUGGAUGUCGUCGAUUGCAGUGACUCCGAAUCGCCGUCGGCGCGUCCAAUGCGUGGGCAUCAUCGCCAUCAAUUACAACAACAACAGCAACAAUCACAAACGCAUCACAAAUUGCAACGGCAUCACCACCACCACCAGAUUCAUCUCAAUCAUAGCACCAGCAGCAAUACAAAUGGGAGCACUAGCCUUGGCGCUGGUGGUCAACAGCAUUCGAGUCGCAGCAGUAGUCGGGGGCGCGCUUCGCCACACAGUCCUAGUAGCCCUACAGCGAACGACGAGGACCGCCUGUCGCCGGAGCCAGCGCAGGUAAAACGCAAAUCCGCGCCGAAAAUUGUUGGCUCUUGUAACUGUGAUGAGUUGCUGCCGGUGCAGUGUCACCUGGAGACGAAGGAGUUGUGGGAUAAAUUUCAUGAAUUGGGCACAGAGAUGAUUAUAACGAAGACGGGGAGACGUAUGUUCCCCACCGUGCGUGUCAGCUUCUCAGGUCCUCUACGUCAGAUACAACCACCCGAUCGUUAUGCAGUUGUGAUGGAUGUCGUGCCAAUGGAUUCACGCCGUUAUCGCUACGCUUAUCAUCGUUCAUCGUGGCUGGUAGCAGGCAAAGCGGAUCCACCGCCUCCAGCGCGACUUUAUCCGCAUCCAGAUUGUCCCAUAAGUGUGGAGGCGCUAAGGAAACAGGUAGUCUCUUUCGAGAAGGUGAAACUGACGAAUAACGAAAUGGAUAAAAAUGGACAGAUCGUCCUCAACUCCAUGCAUCGCUAUCAGCCGCGCAUACAUUUGGUGCGCCUCGCCCAUGGCCAAAAUAUACCCCACACUCCAAAGGAACUGCAAGAAUUGGAUCACAAAACGUAUGUUUUUCCUGAAACUGUAUUCACAGCGGUUACAGCGUAUCAAAAUCAAUUGAUAACAAAGCUCAAAAUCGAUUCGAAUCCAUUUGCGAAAGGUUUUCGGGACUCAUCGCGCCUAACUGAUUUCGAUAGGGACCCAAUGGAUUCGUUUCUCCUCGAGCAACAUCUUCGCUCGCCGUUACGCUUCUUUCCCGAUCCUCUAAUGGCACAACUCUCGCCACAGGAAGCCGAUGCAGCUUCGCUGGCAUUUCUCGAGAAGGCGCGUCAGCAUUUGCAAAUAUUUGGUCGUUCACCGUACACCGAAAUGCUGCUGCCACAAAUCUAUCAACGCCCGCCUGUACUCAACGCUUUCAAUAUUGGCAUGUGGCAGCAACAGUGGCCCCAACUGACCGCCGGUUUCAUAGCGAGCGCCAAUCAACAGGCUGCAGCCGCACAAGCUGCUGCCGCCGCCGCUGCAGCGGCUAAUGCUUGCCGCACACCGCCGCCGCCACCGCCAUCGACAAUAAUGGUCGGAGUGCCACAACCUCCACCAGCUACGACGCCAUCCUCGUCCGGAUCGGCCUCACCUGAUAUGCGCAUACGGCAUUUUCAACGCUACAGUCCGUAUCAGUUGCCACAGCAACAGCAACAGCAACAGCAGCAGCAUCAACAGCAACCGCCAAUGGCGCGUACCCCACCGCUUUGAGCGGUGAGCUGAGUGAGAGUGGAUGUAAAAUGUGCAAUCCAAUUUGUAAAAUUUGCAUA